GCUACGUUUGUUUUCAAAAGCGGUGCGCAUGCGCGUUUCAUGACAGCUCUCGAAACGAGCACUCACAAUCGGAGGCUAGUCGCGACUCCACGCGAAAACCGUUGGUAUUAUUAGCGCGGGAAAGUGCUACGGCUACCGCGCAAGCGCUGUUCGGGCGGCCGGACAGAGAGCUCGGAUUUUCCUGGGCGGGCGGGGCGGCGCGCGCAUGCCACCCUGCGACCUGCCCAUAUCUCCGUUCACAACGCAAACCACCGUAUCCAUACACACACGUUCCCAUCCAAUUAAACAUAUUUGAGACAUUAUAACAAUUCACACAACAAAGUGAUCAGUGCUGUGGGUUUCCGGGACAUUUUGGAACGUGUUGAAAUGUGAGCCUCGUUAACCAACAGACGAGGUAGAAAGAGCUCAAGAUGACCGUGGUAACGAACCCCGCGUGCACAGACAGCAACGGUGAAAGCCAAGGUUCCCAGGCCUCGACGUCUGGCACAUCUGGUACACAGCUACCUUUAGCACUUGAUUUCGGCCAAUACGGCGAGCUACGAAUAGAUGAAAACUGUCGCCUGUACGACAAUGAAAAACAGAGUGACAUAGUUUUCGUAGCCGGCAUCAAUGGGGACACAUUCCGCUUUCCCGGACAUCGUCGCGUCCUGGCUGCCACAAGCCCCGUCUUCGCCGCUCUACUAUCAACAAAAGCAGACGUUAUUGUCGUGGACUACAUCGAUCGUAGAGGCUUCGAACAGCUGUUACGCUAUUACUAUUGUGAACCGACACAAUUAACUUCCGUAUUUACGGCUCGAGCCACUCUUAAUGCCGCAUACAAAUUCUUGUGUCCUCAGCUCGCUGAAAGAUGUGCGCGUCGUCUCGAUGAAAUGUUAGACGCGGAAGUCGCGCUUGAAAUUUUGCGUGACUUACGAUAUUUAUGUGCGAGAUUACCUGGAGCCGCUUCAGCACCCCCUUUGCCUGCCCUCGAGAGCGAUGCUGCCGCAAGAACCUUGUCACAUUGCGCUAUGUGGUGCGAUUCUCUCGCACACAACGCACUUCUUGUUAUCGAUGACAACGCGGAUGCAGCCCUUACACACGAAAAAUUAGAAGAUCUCACGUACGAAGACUUGGUAUUAAUAGUAAAACGAGAAACCUUGCGUGUAUCUAGUGAACUUGUCUUGGCAGAGGCACUCGCGCGAUGGAGUACAGCUGCCUGCAAACGAACUAAGCGAGAAUUAACGCCGAGCAAUAAACGCGCUGCUCUUGGUGAAUUAGCUUACUGUCCUCGAUAUUUACUAUUAGCGGGAGAAGAGUUAGACAGAGCUUUGGCUCUAGAAUUGUUGGAGCCAAUAGAGCGAGCUUUGGUUUUGGCUCGGGCACGCAAACUGUCUGCUCCGGUUCCUGUGGGUGCUGAGCAGGAGGCCAUGCUCCGGAGGUGGGCUCAACCUCGUCCUGCAGAACCCGCUGCAGCUCCCGUAUUUUUAAGCCCGCGUUCUGAAACGAUAGAAGAACCCCAACCCAGCAAACUUUGUGGACGUCGUCCUAAGAAGUUAAAACAACCAUGCUUCGAGCCCGAAGAUAGCAGAAACACCUCCAAGAGUAACUGCUGUUCCGAUUGCUUCCACGGAUUAAUCCACGCGUUCGUCUGUUUGUUUGAUUAAGAACAUUUAGAAGUAUGAUUUUGAAUUUUUACGAAAAUAGGUUGAAAGGAACUAAAAAAAGGAAAAAUAUUGUGAAUGUAUUUAGCUCAUCUAUUCCUUCAUAUCUAUUUAUGUUUUGGAUAGAUUACAUAAAGGAACUCUGGAACUAUGAUAAAAACGUUAAAAGAAAUAUUUUAUAUAACAUAAAUUUUAAUAUGGGUACGUACUUAGCUAGAUGGUUUAAAGUUCGAAGUCGAACUGGUUAGUUUUUCAGCGCUGGAUCAAUCCAUGCAUUUAGUACAUUUUUAAAGAUGUCUUAGUUGAUUUAAGUUGAAAUAUAAUACUAUCGUAGCUGAGCUACGCUAACUAAUAAAAGUAUUACCUAUGUACUUAUAGCUAAAAAUUAUCCUAAUUUUAUCUUUAUUGAUGUGAUAUUCUACUUUGCUUUAGAAGUUUAGCUAAUGGAUUGCAAAUCUGAU